AUGUCACUAGCUCAUUAAUCUAUCCUUGCCAAAUGGACAUUGUGAGGAAAAUAAUUGGGACAGCAACACAAAAAAAUUCCUGAAGUGAGAGUGACCAGACUUGCUGUGGAUCCCAAUUCAUUCAACUAUUUUAAUAAGUGAAAAACCUACUUUGCUCACAAUGUCCUUCAACUUUCCACAGCUAGGUACAUUGUGCUCCUCAAAGCGUUACCUACUCCACAGACAAAGCUAGUGAAACUCGAACUGGCUGAGAUUGUUUUCAGAGUUGGAAAAGUCGGGGAUACAGUGACAGGAAAACUGGGUGCAGAAACAACUCACCUGGAGAGUCUGUUCAGUUUGUAAACCACUCACCUAAUCAAAAAUCUGGAAGAACUUAGUAUCUCAUCAACACAGUGGAGGAGGAGCAGAAAAUGGAGCCAAAGGGAAAGAUUUACACAUUUGCUUUAUGGAAAAAGAAAAUUUUCUAAGUCUCAUCAUAAACUAUGUCCAAUUUCUCUGUGGUAUUUAUGA